UCCUUUCUGCAGCAUAUGUGGACAGCCACAAAUGGGAAGCAAGAGAAAAAGAACAUUGUCACCUUGCUGUUGCUUUUUUGAGGCCCCGCAACCAAUUUCACUUGACUGAAGAAGAUGUCUUGGUGUGAAGGAUUAAAAUGGAAUCUUGAGUUACCACGCUACAGAAGCCAACUCAAUCCAACGUAUAUCAAAAAGAUUUGGUACCAUGAGACUGCUGUUUAAUAUCACUUUCUGAGCAACUGAUCUAGCAUCUUUAAUGGAUAAAACAUAUGAGAGAAAGCUGCCUGUUAGUUCUUUAACAAUAUCACGGUUUGUGGACAACAUUUCAUCUAGAGAAGAGAUAGACCAUGCAGAGUAUUACCUUUACAAAUUUCGACACAGCCCCAAUUGUUGGUACCUGAGAGACUGGACUAUCCAUACCUGGAUUAGGCAGUGUUUAAAAUACGGUGCACAAGACAAAGCCUUAUAUACUCUUGUAAAUAAGGUCCAAUAUGGAAUUUUUCCAGAUAACUUUACAUUCAAUUUACUGAUGGAUUCUUUCAUAACAAAAGAAAAUUACAAAGAUGCUUUAUCCGUGGUCUUCGAGAUCAUGCUGCAAGAAGCCUUUGAAGUGCCUUCUACUCAGCUUCUGUCCCUCUAUGUUUUAUACCAUUGCCUGGCCAAGAAGACAGACUUCAGUUGGGAAGAGGAGAGGAAUUUUGGUGCAUCGCUAUUACUCCCAGGCCUAAAGCAAAAGAACUCAGUGGGGUUGAGUUCCCAGUUGUAUGGCUAUGCACUUCUUGGGAAGGUGGAGUUGCAGCAAGGGCUCCGGGCUGUGUACCAUAACAUGCCUCUGCUGUGGCAACCCGGCUACCUCAACAGAGCCCUUCAAGUGAUGGAGAAGGUGGCCUCGUCCCCGGAGGACGGGAAGCUGUGUGCAGAAGCGCUGGAUGUGCUAGACAGAGCGCUGAAGGCUGUGACUGCUCCAGCCUGUGGGUCUUCAGAGGCACAGCCCCAAGAAGAAGACAGCCAGGGCUCAGAAGAACUGGUGGAGCAGUUGGACGUGGAGGAAACUGAACAGUCCAAGCUUCCCCAAUACCUGGAACGAUUUAAGGACUUACAUUCUAAGCUUGAGGCUUUGGGCAAAGUUGAAUCAGAAAGUCCUUUGACUCUGACCAUCCAGCUCGUCAAGGAACAGCUUCCCACCUUUGAAGCAGAGGAUAUCGCAACCUAUGAGCAGAAGCUGCAGCAAUGGCAUCUGGAACGGGUACACUUGAUUCAGAGGGAACAGGAGCAGAGGGAGAAGGCAAAGCAGGAGCAUGAGUCCCGGAGGGCAGCAAAGGCAUCUGCCUAACAGGCCCUCAGGCCCCCAGACCCCACAGAGGAAGUUCACUAGGCCCCGUCCUAGGAUUCUUGCUGACCAUGAUGGCAGCCUCAGCUUCCUCUGCCUGUUGUCUCCUUUUCCUCAAGCAGGCUGCUUGUGACAGAAAGCCACAGUGUUCAACAUAUUAAGGCACUGUGACUUCCCAUCAGAUGCCUAGGAGGGCUGCCGAGCUCUGAGUGGCAGGUGAUCAGACUGAAGCCCCAGCUAAACACCUUAAAAAGGUGCUAUCAAGGCUUAUGGUGGGGUUUCCGGGGUCAGGGAUCAGUGUUGAACGUUGAAAGUCCCUGAUACAUAGCAGUGGUGGAGGGAGAGGCCGUGUUUGAACAGCCUGGUCUUGAGCACAGGCUUCUGAGUGGCCUCUCUCCCCAGCAGGCAAACUGCACGUCCUGAGGCCUCCUCCCCCUCAGUGUCCUCCCAGCCUGAGCUGGGUGUGGGACGCCCACACAUCUCACUUUCUCCCUCCCCCAUGUCUCUGCUCUGCAGACCUAAACUGGGAAGAAGUUGAGGACAGGAAUGAACAUGACACCAUGAACCCACUGGCUUUCAAAUUUUAGGCACCCACAGUAACAUUUUUAGAAUGGAGGCGUUUUUGAGGAGAAUGAUAACUCUAGCUCUGAAGCCUCCUGAGCUUGGCUUCUCCAUCACGUUGGGGUAACUUCUUUCCAAAGCAUUGUCUCAGCUCCUUCCUCGAGGAGGUAAAGUGAGUCUUUUGUGUCCACGCAUGCACACAUGUGCAACUUGUGAACACACAUUGCAGUUGGAGAAAUAGGAGAAAACGAGAGGUAGGAUGGGGUUUGUAGUGCAUAGGCGACAUUAACUGUGAACCUCCCAGGGAGUGGAAAUUCCUUCCUGAAGUUUCUCUGUGAAAGGGGUCAGGGGCAGCUCCUGCUUGCUGUAUACAUUUGCCUGUAAGUACAGUGGUAUACUUUUAUUCAAGGUCGUGCUCUUUUAAUCAAGAACCUGUGGAAAUAAAUGUUCUGGGAUUA